UGUCCAAACAGCGCUACAGCUACUUUGCAUAUCCUGUUUCUCUGACUCAGAUGAUGACGGCUAUCGGGAGAGGAGGCUAGCCGACCUGCGCUGCAUAGAUGCUCGGACUGCCGGACAAAACUACAAGCAAGAACAGAAAAAGUCUGAUAUCCAAUGAUGGACGGGUUUGCAGGGGACAUGCUGAGCGGCGGCCGGGCUCUGCUGGGUGAGGACAGCUCGGUGAUGGCUCGCAUGCAGAAGAAGUUCUGGAAGACCAAGCAGGUCCUCAUCAAAGCCACGGGCAAAAAGGAGGACGAGUACGUAGUAGCCUCAGACGCUGACCUGGAUGCCAAGCUGGAGUUCUUCCGCUCUGUUCAGUCCACCUGUACAGAGCUGCUGAAGGUGAUCGAGAAGUACCAGCACAGGAUUACACGCUUGUCCCAAGAGGAGAACAAGCUCGGCCUGUUUCUGCGAUUCCAAGCUGAACAUGAUCGCACCAAAGCUGGCAACAUGAUGGACGCCACCAGCAAGGCCCUGUGCACCUCCGCCAAGCAGAGGAUGGCACUUUGCCCGCCUCUGCACCGUUUGCACCAGGAAGUGGAGACGUUCCGGCGGCGCGCCAUCGCUGACACACUUCUAACAGUCAGUCGUAUGGAGAAGGCCCGCACCGAGUACAGAGGAGCUCUGCUCUGGAUGAAAGACGUCUCACAAGAACUGGACCCUGACACUUACAAACAGCUGGAGAAGUUCCGCAAGGUCCAAGCCCAGGUCAGAGGGACAAAGGGCCAGUUUGAGAAACUAAAGAAUGAUGUGUGUCAGAAGGUUGACAUGCUGGGAGCGAGCCGCUGCAACAUGCUCUCCCACUCCCUCUGUACCUACCAGACCACUCUGCUGCAGUUCUGGGAGAAGACAGCUCAUGCCAUGUCGGGUAUCCACGAGGCCUUCCAAGGACACGUAUCAUACCAGUUCACCACACUCAAGGACCUGCGGGACCCACUGGAGCAAAUAACAGACACACAGAAACUAGAGGACAAGAAGGAGAAGGCUCUACAGAGCAACACAGACAGUCUGGUGUCCUUGGAUGACGACAAGCCAUCAGGAAGUGCCUCUGACGCAGACCCCGCCCUCAGCAGUGACGGACAGAGCCAAUCAAGUGACACUGUGUCCCAAAACGCUACCACGUCUACUCCAGCCCAGCACGAUCUGAGCGGACUAUCACUGGCCUCCGAUGGCGACCUGAUGCUCAUGGCCUGUGAUCUGCCACAGCCACAGCUCCCAGCCCCAACAAACACCCCCUUCCAGCCUCAGCUCUUGCCUGCUCCCCAUGCUAGAGGACAGGAGGAACCCUGGGGCUUUGGAAGCCCUCAGUCCAGCCUCGCACAGCUGCCUGCCACCGGUGGGGGUCUGCUCAACCUUGCUGCAACAGGGCUGAGACCAGAGGAGGAAGACGGUGAACGGGGUGACAUGGCUUUCCUCAAAGACCUCCUCAGCCCAGGUCCGGGGGCUGCUGACGAGUUCAGCAGAGAGUGGCAGGAUGCUUUCGGGCUGUUGGACGCUCCCAGCGUCCCUCCUGCAGGCACAGGGGCAGCGAGCACCAGCGGCCCGGACCCUGCAGCUCGCCCAGCCUCCAACCCUCCCAGCCCCACCGGCUUCUUGCCCUCCCAGCUGCUGGAUCACAGUCUGAGCUCCACAGGCUGGUCAACCCCACCUAUGUUCCAAGCUCCACCCCUGCAGCCUCCUCCUGGUCAGAACCAAUCAGCUCAGCCGGCUCCAAGUUCAGCAGCUAAUGCUGCUGCAGGUGGAUCCAGAGACAUGUCUGCCUGGUUCAACUUGUUUGCAGACCUGGACCCCCUUUCCAACCCCGACGCCAUUGGACGCUCCGCGGAUGAGCUUCUCAACGCCUGAAGCUCUGUGUGUUUGUGUGUGUUUGUGUGUGUGUGUUUGUGUGUGUGUGUGUGUGUGUAGCAGUGUAUGAUUUCUCUCAAAAGAUCUGGAUUCCUGCAACUUUUCUUUCAAACAACCAAGUAAAACAGCACACAUCGAGUAAUGAACACACACGCACACUCACACACACACACACCUGCGUUUCUGUUACCAGGAGAGAUGUGUACAUAUCCACAAAUGCAAAUACACACUCAGAUCCAUGUUACACUGGCAGAUGAUGUUUUAUCCUGGAAAAAAGUGUCAGUUGAGACGAUUGUUAAACUCUCAGAGCUGCUCUCUGCAGCUCUCAAACUGACUGUUAACACCACACAUGAAGCCACUGACUCAUAUGCACACAGCAAACCUCACAGGUUUUGUUUUAUCUUUCACUUGUGCAGCUUCUGUCAAGCAGAGAGAAUGUUUGGAAUACAGGUUUAUUUUGGACGCCGUGGCGAGCUUUUCUGUGCUUUAUUCAUGUUUGCGUUGUUCGGGUGUGUGUCCGUUUGCUGUGUGCACACAUCACCAGGGACCUAGGAUGAUUUUGUGUAGUAGCAGAUGAAUGCACAGCGUGUAUAUUAGACAUAGUGUAUGUAUGAGAUAAAACGGGACCCGAGCCUGUCACUGAGCCUGUAUUUGCACACAGCAGAGGCCUGUAGCACAAAGUUCAACUCAGCCUGGCUCUCUUUAGGUUACACUGCUGAUCCUGGAUCACUGUUAUCAUGAAGCUGGUUAUCAACUGACUCCCUCACCUCUGGAGUGUCAUGGAGUUCUUUAUAUGAAAUAAUUAAUAUGCAACUAUAAUCCCCUUUCUGUUAGUGUGGUGACAUACAGUCUACUCUCUGUUAGAACUCAUAGUUGUGCAAGAGCAGGUUACCAUGGUGAUCUAUCCUGGUUAAAAGUCAGCUUUGUCAUACUGGAAAACCUAAUCUUGCUUCUGAUACAGACUCCUGGAAAAACUGGAUCUUACAGACUCCACCAGUUUGGUAAAUAAUGUGAUGCUUUAUUGCUUGCUGUAAGGCAGUCCUCUGUUUUCUCUCUGCUAAGCAUUCAGUCUACUGGUCUGAAGCCAGCACUCAACUGUGAACCAUCCAGUCUCCAGAGAGGACUGAUGGUUUGGUUUAGAGUGUGAACUGGCUGGUGGAUACUCACACUGUCUAAACUGCGGCUUUUGUGGCGCCAACAGGCUCUUCAUGUUUAUCCACCCACCUUCAUCCAGGAUUCUACUUGCGCUGAAUGUACUGUGAGUAAAAAUAGGACGUUUGAAUUUGUCUUCAGUCCCAUCUGUCGUUUAGAUUUCACUAUCACAAGUCCAAGGCCAAGAAAAGUGUGUGAAGGAUGAAACAUUUACUUUGUAGUGAGGUUUUUUUUUUCAUGAAGGAAGUUUCAAAGUAGGACACAGGGGACUCGAUUGUUUUUGGUGGGUGCAUUUUUAAGUCCUGAACAUGACCUGAGCUGCAUAAAAAUAUUUAUUUUCAGAUUUUGUUGUGUAGUAUAUUGAAAAUAAAAAUACUGAAGUAACACUAUAAACACUGUAAAAUACUGACUGUCUAUUUUUAGCUGUGUGUGGUGUAUUUUGAGGAGGCACAGACAGAUUAUGGAAAUAUUUUAUGGGAAAAUAAUCAACACUGGAGAAAUGUUACCAUGUUACAUAUUCUACAAAUGGAGUUCUUUCCUGAUGUGGAUUUAAUUCCCACUGAUUAUAUUUGUUUUUGACAGAUAAAAACUACCAAGACUGAUAUUUUUGAAUGUUUAUGAAUUGGUUUAGUUGCAAAAUGAAGAUGCAGAUUUUUUUUGUUUCUUCAUCACCAUUGCUUCAUCUUCUAAACUGGGUUUCCAAAAUGCAUUUUAGGAAUAAUCAGGAGUUGUUGAGAUGUGAAUAUGACUAUGUCUACAAGCACCAACUGUAACCACAUCCUCAGUUCUGAUAUUUGUGUGCCUGUAAUCACACUCAGUAGAGUUAUGGUGAUCAGCCAUUCUCUACUCAGAAAACACUUUUUAUACAAGCUGCACAUUAGUGUCUCUGUUUUUUGAACUCAGUAACUUUUUGCUACACUCCACUGGAGCUGCAUCACGUCUUUGAGAAGGAAAAAAAAAACAGGAAGGGACUCUAGUGAUGCUCUACUACUGUAUUAGUAUUUAUGUCACAUCAUGUAUUAUACUGUUUACUCUUGAUUUACACACUAAAGAAAAAGAAUGUAUUUCUCAAGUCAAUCACAAAUGCUUUAUUUAAUUCAACUAUGCCUUUUAUUUCACUCAAGGGAUUUAAACAGAUGAAAACUUGGCAGUUCUGUUUCCAAUAAACUGGACAAGCAAACAAAGAA